CCAUCCCCUUCCUUUUCAGACAUAUGCUAAUUAAAGCAAAAGAAUAUAUUCUGCAAAGCUUUUACAUCUUUAUCUCAAGAAUAAAGUAGAAUCAAAAGAAUGGCACAAUAUUUAGUUCGACGGAAAUUAAGUUGACAUAGUUAAAAAAAAAUGACAGUGUCCAUAUUUAAUAUGGACAAUUUUGUUGGAAAAUAUUUUAUUAAGAUUAUGUUGAUGACCAAGUAUUGAAACCGUCUGUUUGGAGCAUUAAGGAUUUUGUUUCAUUUGCAUGUGAUAUAAAAGUGUGAACCAAGAAACUGCCAUAGGAAAAAUCAUUGUUGUUGUCAACUUAAUUUUGUGGGGCAUACUUUGUCAAGGUCGAAAUGUCAUGACAAUUGACAAACCUUACAGUUAUAAAGGUAGCACAAGUUGUUUGAAACAAGAAACUUGUUAUUACUAGUCUGGUUUAAGACAGAAAACAAAAGUUAAAAACAAUGGCGGAUGCAACACAAAGGUACGCAUUGGUUACAGGAGCAAACAAAGGAAUCGGGUUCGAAAUCUGCAGGCAGUUAGCAUGUAAAGGAGUGGUGGUGGUUUUAGCAGCAAGAGAUGAAAAGAGAGGUAUUGAAGCUCGAGAGAAGCUUAAGGAAUUGGAUAAUGUGGUUUUUCAUCAACUAGACGUCGUUGAUCCUGCUAGCGUUGACGCUGUUUUUGAGUUCAUCCAGUCAAGAUUCGGAAGGCUCGACAUUUUGGUGAAUAAUGCAGGAAUUCGCGGUGCAGAGGUGGAUGGAGAUGUUUCAGUGCUUCAAGAGUAUAUUGAGGCAGACGGCGCCUCAUUCCUUGCUGGCGGACAGGCUGAGCCAUUUCACGCGAAAGCAAGUGGAAAGCUUAUCGAGACACUGAAGAGGGCGGAAGAAUGCAUUGAGACAAACUACUACGGUGCAAAAAGAGUAACAGAAGCCCUCAUUCCUCUGCUGCAACUCUCUCAUUCACCAAGAAUUGUCAAUGUCACCUCCACUCUAGGCUGUUUAGUGCUUCAGCCUAACGAAUGGGCGAAAGGAGUGUUGAGCAGCAAAGAGAGGCUAACAGAAGAGAGAGUAGAUGAAGUUGCGCAACAAUUCCUCAAAGACUUAAAAGAGGGUAAACUGGAAGAGAAGCAGUGGCCUCCUCACCUUGCAGCCUACAAAGUGUCGAAAGCAGCUCUCAACGCGUAUACUUGGCUUGCAGCUAAAAAAUACCCCAAUAUCUGCAUCAAUGCUGUGUGUCCUGGUUUUGCUAGAACAGAUAUAACCUUCAAUUCUGGCCCUCUAAGUGAAGUCGAAGCUGCUGAAGCUCCGGUCAAGAUGGCAUUGCUUCCCCAUGGAGGCCCCUCGGGUUCCUUCUUCCAUCGGUCGGAUGCCUUGUCUUUCUAAGAAACAAAUCCAACUAGCUUUUUCAUGUACUAACAAUUAAUAAUUGUGUUUGUAGGAGUAUUCACUUCUUUGUUAUCCUCA